CCGCGCCCACGUGACCUGUCAGUGCGCGGAGAGGGAGGAAGAUGGCUGCCGGGUUUGGGGACGGCGAAGCGCUGGAAGCCGCCGUCUCUCCCUUUCCCGUUUUCUGACAGCACCUGCGGCAAAGGAAACCCUUUCUGUUCACGCCGUGGGCGCGGUCCCCAGGCCGGGUUGUGAGACGGUAUUGGAUUAAGGAUAACUACAGCUUUUUGUGAAAAUGUCAGUUCUGAUAUCACAGAGUGUAAUAAAUUAUGUAGAAGAAGAAAACAUUCCUGCCCUGAAAGCUCUUCUUGAAAAAUGCAAAGAUGUAGAUGAGAGAAAUGAGUGUGGCCAGACCCCAUUGAUGAUAGCCGCUGAACAAGGCAAUCUGGAAAUAGUGAAGGAGUUAAUUAAGAAUGGAGCUAAUUGCAAUCUGGAAGAUCUGGAUAACUGGACAGCACUUAUAUCGGCAUCCAAGGAAGGGCACGUGCACAUUGUAGAAGAACUGCUUAAGUGUGGGGUCAACUUGGAGCACCGUGAUAUGGGAGGUUGGACAGCUCUUAUGUGGGCAUGUUAUAAAGGCCGUACGGAAGUGGUAGAGUUGCUGCUUUCUCAUGGCGCCAAUCCAAGUGUCACUGGUUUGCAGUACAGUGUUUACCCAAUCAUUUGGGCAGCAGGGAGAGGCCAUGCAGAUAUAGUGCAUCUUUUACUGCAAAAUGGUGCUAAAGUCAACUGCUCUGAUAAGUAUGGAACUACCCCUCUGGUUUGGGCCGCACGGAAAGGUCAUUUGGAGUGUGUAAAACAUUUAUUGGCCAUGGGAGCUGAUGUUGAUCAAGAAGGAGCUAACUCAAUGACUGCAUUGAUUGUAGCAGUAAAAGGAGGCUACACACAGUCAGUAAAAGAAAUUUUGAAAAGGAACCCAAAUGUAAAUUUAACAGAUAAGGAUGGAAAUACAGCUUUGAUGAUUGCAUCAAAGGAGGGACAUACAGAGAUUGUACAGGAUCUCCUCGAUGCUGGAACAUAUGUGAAUAUACCUGAUAGGAGUGGGGAUACUGUGUUGAUUGGCGCUGUCAGAGGUGGUCAUGUGGAAAUUGUUCGAGCACUUCUCCAGAAAUAUGCUGAUAUAGACAUUAGAGGACAGGACAACAAAACAGCUUUGUAUUGGGCUGUAGAGAAAGGAAAUGCAACAAUGGUGAGAGAUAUCUUACAGUGCAAUCCUGACACUGAGAUAUGCACAAAGGAUGGUGAAACACCACUUAUAAAGGCUACCAAGAUGAGAAAUAUUGAAGUAGUAGAGCUGCUGCUAGAUAAAGGAGCUAAAGUGUCUGCUGUAGAUAAGAAAGGAGACACUCCUUUGCAUAUUGCUAUUCGUGGGAGGAGUCGGAAACUGGCAGAACUUCUUCUAAGAAAUCCCAAAGAUGGAAGAUUACUUUAUAGGCCCAACAAAGCAGGCGAGACUCCUUACAACAUUGACUGUAGCCAUCAAAAAAGUAUUUUAACUCAAAUAUUUGGAGCCAGACACUUGUCUCCCACUGAAACAGACGGUGACAUGCUUGGUUAUGAUUUGUAUAGCAGUGCCCUGGCAGACAUUCUCAGCGAGCCUACCAUGCAGCCACCCAUUUGUGUGGGGCUGUAUGCACAGUGGGGAAGUGGGAAAUCCUUCUUACUCAAGAAACUAGAAGAUGAAAUGAAGACUUUUGCAGGACAACAGAUUGAACCUCUUUUUCAGUUUUCCUGGCUUAUAGUAUUUCUGACCUUGCUACUUUGUGGAGGGCUUGGUUUGUUGUUUGCUUUUACAGUGGACCUGAAUCUUGGAAUAGCAGUAUCAUUGAGCUUCUUGGCUCUCUUAUAUAUAUUUUUUAUUGUCAUUUACUUUGGUGGACGAAGGGAAGGAGAGAGUUGGAAUUGGGCCUGGGUCCUCAGCACUAGAUUGGCAAGACAUAUUGGAUAUUUGGAACUUCUCCUCAAAUUGAUGUUUGUGAAUCCACCUGAACUGCCAGAGCAAACCACUAAAGCUUUACCUGUGAGGUUUUUGUUUACAGAUUACAACAGGCUGUCCAGUGUUGGUGGAGAAACAUCGAUGGCUGAAAUGAUUGCGACUCUCUCGGAUGCUUGUGAGAGAGAAUUUGGCUUUUUGGCAACCAGGCUCUUUCGUGUAUUUAAGACUGAAGAUACUCAAGGCAAAAAGAAAUGGAAAAAAACGUGUUGCCUACCAUCUUUUGUCAUCUUCCUUUUUAUCUUUGGCUGCAUUAUUGCGGGAAUUACCCUCCUGGCUAUCUUUAGAGUUGACCCAAAACAUCUGACAGUGAAUGCUGUCCUCAUAUCAAUUGCGUCAAUAGUGGGAUUAGCCUUUGUGCUGAACUGUCGUACGUGGUGGCAGGUACUAGACUCUCUCUUGAAUUCUCAAAGGAAACGCCUCCAUAAUGCUGCUUCCAAACUGCACAAACUGAAAAGUGAAGGAUUCAUGAAGGUUCUUAAGUGUGAAGUGGAAUUGAUGGCCAGGAUGGCAAAAACCAUUGACAGCUUCACUCAGAAUCAGACAAGGCUGGUGGUUAUCAUUGAUGGAUUAGAUGCCUGCGAGCAGGACAAAGUACUACAGAUGUUGGACACUGUCCGAGUUCUGUUUUCAAAAGGCCCAUUCAUUGCCAUUUUUGCAAGUGAUCCACAUAUUAUUAUAAAGGCAAUUAACCAGAACCUCAACAGCGUGCUUCGUGACUCAAAUAUAAAUGGACAUGACUAUAUGCGCAAUAUAGUUCAUUUACCUGUUUUCCUUAAUAGUCGUGGACUAAGCAAUGCAAGAAAAUUUCUUGUGACUUCAACAACAAAUGGGGACAUUCCCUGCACAGAUACAACAGGGAUACAGGAAGAUGCUGACAGAAGAGUUUCACAGAACAGCCUUGGAGAGAUGACUAAGCUUGGUAGCAAGACAGCCCUUAAUAGACGGGAUACUUACCGAAGAAGGCAGAUGCAGCGGACCAUUACUCGGCAGAUGUCCUUUGAUCUUACAAAACUGCUGGUUACCGAGGACUGGUUCAGUGACAUAAGUCCUCAGACCAUGAGAAGAUUACUUAAUAUCGUUUCUGUGACAGGGCGGUUACUGAGAGCCAAUCAGAUUAGUUUCAACUGGGACAGGCUUGCUAGCUGGAUCAACCUUACUGAGCAGUGGCCAUACCGAACUUCUUGGCUCAUACUGUAUUUGGAAGAGACUGAAGGUAUUCCAGAUCAAAUGACAUUAAAAACCAUCUAUGAAAGAAUAUCAAAGAAUAUUCCAACAACUAAAGAUGUUGAGCCACUGCUUGAAAUAGAUGGAGAUAUAAGAAACUUUGAAGUGUUUUUGUCUUCAAGGACCCCAGUUCUUGUGGCUCGAGAUGUAAAAACCUUUUUGCCAUGCACUGUAAACCUAGACCCCAAGCUACGGGAAAUUAUUGCAGAUGUUCGUGCUGCGAGAGACCAGAUUAACAUCGGAGGACUUGCAUAUCCUCCACUGCCUUUACACGAAGCUCCUCCUAGACCACCGUCAGGGUACAGUCAGCCUCCGUCUGUCUGUUCUUCUUCCACUUCAUUCAAUGGACCAUUUGGAGGUGGGGUUGUGUCACCACAGCCGCACAGCAGCUAUUACAGUGGGAUGACGGGACCUCAGCAUCCAUUCUACAACAGACCAUUCUUUGCCCCCUACCUUUACACGCCAAGGUAUUACCCUGGCGGCUCCCAACACCUCAUCUCACGUCCAUCAGUAAAAACGAGUUUGCCCAGAGAUCAGAGCAAUGGCCUAGAGGUUAUCAAGGAGGAUGCUGCUGAGGGGCUUCCUUCACCCACAGACUCCUUGCGGGAGCAGAAUUGGACAAGAAAGUUAAAGAUGCCAUGGCCGUGUGACUCUGGGUUUAACAAACAAAGACAGGGGUCAGGCCCAGCCUCAGGAGCAAUGAUAUCAUUGAAUUCAAUGAAUGUGGAUGCAGUAUGUGAGAAACUGAAACAAAUAGAAGGGCUGGACCAGAGUAUGCUGCCUCAGUAUUGUGCAACAAUCAAAAAGGCAAACAUAAAUGGCCGUGUAUUAGCUCAGUGUAACAUUGAUGAACUGAAGAAAGAGAUGAGUAUGAAUUUUGGGGACUGGCAUCUUUUUAGAAGCACAGUACUGGAAAUGAGAAAUGCAGAAAACCAAGUGGUUCCUGAAGACCCACGUUUACUUAAUGAAAACAGCAGUGGCCCAGUUCCUCAUGGUGAAUCUGCUCGUCGCUCUUCACACAACGAAUUGCCUCAUACCGAGCUUUCUAGUCAAACUCCCUACACACUGAACUUCAGCUUUGAGGAGCUGAAUACACUUGGCCUUGAUGAAGGUGCUCCACGUCACAGUCAUCUAAGUUGGCAGUCACAAACUCGCAGAACCCCAAGUCUUUCGAGUCUCAAUUCCCAGGAUUCCAGUAUUGAAAUUUCAAAGCUUACUGAUAAGGUGCAGGCCGAGUAUAGAGAUGCCUAUAGAGAAUAUAUUGCUCAGAUGUCUCAGUUAGAAGGGGGUACAGGUUCCACAACAAUUAGUGGCAGAUCUUCUCCACAUAGCACAUAUUAUAUGGGUCAGAGUUCAUCAGGGGGCUCCAUUCAUUCUAAUCUAGAACCAGAAAAAGGGAAGGAUAAUGAACCAAAGCAAGAUGAUGGAAGGAAGUCAUUUUUAAUGAAGAGGGGAGAUGUUAUAGAUUAUUCUUCAUCAGGGGUUUCCACUAAUGAUGCCUCACCCCUGGAUCCUAUAACUGAAGAAGAUGAGAAAUCUGAUCAGUCAGGCAGUAAGCUUCUCCCAGGCAAGAAGUCUUCAGAAAGGUCAAGUCUCUUCCAGACAGAUUUGAAGCUUAAGGGAAGUGGAUUGCGCUAUCAAAAACUUCCAAGUGAUGAGGAUGAAUCUGGGACAGAAGAAUCAGAUAAUACUCCACUGCUCAAAGAUGAUAAAGAUAAAAAAGUUGAAGGGAAAGUAGAAAGAGUAUCAAAGUCUCCAGAACACAGCGCUGAGCCGAUUAGAACCUUCAUUAAAGCAAAAGAAUAUUUGUCAGAUGCCCUCCUUGACAAAAAGGACUCAUCUGAUUCAGGAGUGAGAUCCAGCGAAAGUUCUCCCAAUCACUCUCUUCACAAUGAGGGGGCUGAUGAUUCCCAGCUUGAAAAGGCAAAUCUCAUUGAGCUUGAAGAUGAUAGCCACAGUGGAAAAAGGGGAAUACCACAUAGCUUGAGUGGCCUACAAGAUCCAAUUAUAGCUCGGAUGUCCAUUUGUUCCGAAGACAAGAAAAGCCCUUCUGAAUGUAGCUUGAUAGCCAGCAGUCCUGAAGAAAAUUGGCCAGCGUGUCAAAAAGCCUACAACCUGAAUCGAACACCCAGUACUGUGACCCUGAACAACAACAGUGCGCCAGCUAACAGAUCCAAUCAGAAUUUUGAUGACAUGGAAGGAAUGAGGGAGACUUCCCAAGUCAUUCUGAGGCCUGGUUCCAGUUCCAACCCAACUGCUAUUCAGAAUGAAAACCUAAAAAGCAUGACGCAUAAGCGAAGCCAACGUUCAAGUUACACAAGGCUUUCCAAGGAUUCUUCAGAGCUCCAUGCAGUGGCCUCUUCUGAUAGUACAGGCUUUGGAGAGGAAAGAGAAAGCAUUCUUUGAGAGAAACAAGCAAAAGCAGAAUAGUAUUACUAUACCCCUAUGACAAAAUUGACCUGAGUUUAUAAUGAGUCCAUCCAUGUGCGUCAUCUUUGUAUGUUUCAUUCACAAAUAAUGAAUGGAAAGGUCUUUGGUAAAAGAAACACACUAUACAACAAAGGAAAGUAUAAGAAAGGGUGGUUUAUUAAUCAGCUUCCACUGUCUUUUUAAUUAGGUAAAAACUCACUAUUGUUAUUGUACCUUUAAUUGGCAUAUGACCCCCGCAAAAUUUUUUGAGACAAGAUCUGAGUAUAAAGAUAAGUCAGAAAUAUUUUCUUAGAUGGAAAGGGUGUGAAAAUAGAAAGGUAGAGACUCUCUCUUUGUACAACAUUCACUUGUCAAAUAUUCAAAGGAAGACAUGGUGUUAGGUGAACUAGAAUCAAAUUUUGCUCUUAGAGGGUAACAGAUCAAAGUUUAUAGGUUAUGGAGUAGUCCAGAGACUAAAUGCUCUAUAAAUUGAGAACCAAUGUUGUAUAUAAUAGACAAAUUGUUUAACAAGGGCUUUAAAAAUUGUUAAGAAGAUGAAUGAAUAGUACUCAAAAUGAAGCCCCAGUGAUGAGACCUUUAUGAGCUGCUAGGAGAAUGGUUGUGGGGAGGGACCAAGAACCUCUUUAGGACCUGGAUGCUCUCCUCCAAAUCCUAGACCUGGCUACACGUACCAGCUUGAGAACCUGGUCUCUUCUGUGACUCUUUUAAAUGGUGUGCCCAAGUUUCUUAGCCUACCAAUGAGGAAAAACAUGAAUUCUUUCUCUGGAGAAUUAGAAAGACAUGGAUAAUAAUAGGAUAUAAUAAAUAUUCAUGGACAAAAGAAUGAGGAAAUAAUUAUAUCAGAAAGAUCAGUGUCACUUGACAAAUGACAAGGAAAUAUUAAAUUAGGUAAAAUUAAAUUAUUGCCCUCUAUACCAGGGUAGAGUAUAUCUGUCUACUUCAACUAUUCCAAAAUUAGCAUGCUGACCCUGGGGGAGGACCAUAAGAAAGGGUAUACUUCUCUAAAAAGUUUAAAAAUGUAACAAAGCAAGAGUAAGAAAGCAGAUAGAACUGAUGAGAUUUUCCAUUUAUUGUUAGCAGGGUUAAGAGAAUGAGCACAUUUAAGUAUCAUAUGGACUAGAAGUGGACCCUGUAAUCAUGCAUUGAAUUUUUUUGUUGUUUUAGUAUAGGUUAUUUAUGUAGAAUUAAUUUUGGCAGUGUAUCCUCAGUCACAGAUAAGAUCAUAGAUGAUGAGAUCAUAGAAUGUGCAAUUACCCAAAUUUAGUGUUACAUUUGUGAUGGUUUUCACUUAAUAGAUUUUUAUUAAUAUGAUGAAUAAAUUAUUUAGUUGACCAGUCAGUGCACUAAAUAGUUGCUGUUUUGGGUUUCAUUGCUUUGAUGUUUGAGUAUAAUCUAACAUUUCCUUAAAGUUUUAUUUCGCAUGACUUUAACAAAUGUUUUUAACCAAUUUAAAAAAGGCAGGAUGUUAUUGACAUAUAUUGAACUGUUAACAUUUUAGUAUUUAUAGUGCUUUCAUUUGCAAUAUUGUAUAAUUAGUAAUUAUUUCAGAGGCAAUAUUUUGUUCUCUUUCCGGUGAGUAGAUGCAGCCUAUUAUUGUAGUACAUUCUUUACACUGUUUGUGAAGUUAAUACUAGAGUAUUAAGUGUACAAAUAGAUUUAGAAAACAAUAAAAAAAUUGCAUGUUA